UUCAACUAACCUUCAUUUCAUAUCCUAAGUCUUGCGGAAAGGAUCUCCGGAUACGGAAACCUGGUAUAUGUUUACGAUUUCGGCCCAAUGGCUUCGGUAACGACGUCUAUCGGCCGGGCCGCUUUGGUCCUCUGUAGACAGACAGCCCCAAAACGGAGCGCGAUACGCCCCAAUGCUUUCAGACCACAACGGCAAUUUGCGCCAUUCAGCCAUGCCAGCCAGCUGAAGCAAAAUGAUUUACUCGAAGUACCCGAAUACUCUCCAGACCUCCUUGACGGAUCGGAACGUGCUCAAUAUGAUGCAAUGGCUCCGGACCAGCGAGAGACAUUCGACCGUGAGUUCACGACACUCGCCAAGACGCUGCGCGAACAAGGUCUUGGGCAGACGAUGAACGAAAUCCAUAAAGAAGCGGGCCCGUUUAUAGGCUGGACGGGUGGGAAUGAGGAUGUUGAAGAUUAUUUUAACGACGACAUUCACAGGCUUCACUCUGAGCCUUACAUGCAGGACGGAAUGACGAGUAUGGCAUACGACGAGCUAGAACAACACCGGGAGUUAAGAGAAUUCGCUCGAAUUGCGGCAUGGGAAAUGCCAUUGCUUAGCAAUCAUGCAAAGCCUUUCACCCUACCAGAUGAGACCCAUCUCCUCCGAUUCCGAUACACCACAUACAUGGGCGAGACACACCCAGCCGAAACCAAGGUCGUCGUCGAAUUCUGUUCGAAAGAUUUAGUCCCCAACUACCUUACCGAAGAGCAGCGCAUAACGCUAUUAAAAUUGGUCGGUCCCCGCUACAACCCCGACCAAGACCUCAUCCGCAUGUCAGCGGAAAACUAUCCCACCCGUGCCCAGAACAAGCGAUACCUGGGCGAUCUAGUGGAUAGUUUGAUCAAGGAGGCGAAGGAGGGUGACUCCUUCGCAGAUGUCCCCUUGGACCUCCGCCACCACAAGCCGAAGACAAAGUUGAACUUCCCCAAAGAAUGGGCGAUGACAGAAGAGAGGAAACAGCAGCUACAGGAGAGGAGGGAGAGGCUAAGACUCACGGAAGCCGCGAAGGCUACUAUUACUGAUGGAAACGAGGUGAUACAACAGGCGAUCAACAGCAUUCCCGCUCUUAACCCCGCCCUUCAGGUGGGUGCUGGAGACGAGCAUGCUGGAAAGGAACCCGUGCUCGUACGAGCUAGGAGUGCUCCUGCCCCAUGGAAACCGUUCUCUGGACGACGCUAAUGGGUUGUUUGCUUCUUUAUCCACUUCGUUUCGAGUUAAUUUUUUUUACCGUGUUGUUUUUCCCCUUUUUUUGAAAGGGUUGCAUCAAAUAGAUGGUUUUGCAAUCUGUACAUUAUUGGUGGUAUUGCAGCUCAAAUUUUUAACGAAGUAUUGUAUCAUAUUCUUUUCAUUCUUCGCCAUUUUUUUCUAGGAGAAUGGGAACUGUAAGACCGGAGCCAAAAGAGACAAAUUUUUUUUUCUUUUUUUUAUUCAUAUAAUAGCGCUAUCUUAGGGGGGGGGAACAAGCUGAGCCACCAUCUUUCAAUGCCGCGGGAAUGGGCGGGUGCUGCUGAACCUAACUAAAUACAGAAAGAAACAUGCCUGUGCUGAUCGUAAAAGAAAAAAAGAAAAAAUCAUACGCAUCUUCAGGGGUAUAUUUUAUCCGCCUCAGUGAUAAUAAACAGAGGUGCAGUGGGUUAUAGGCUUGCGGAACACAGCCAUCGAAGGGAAGGGGGAACCCAAUAUCUUUGGUCCAACGCUAUUAUAUCACAAGAAAUCCAAUACAGUGGACUGAACAUAUAGGUGCUCAGUACAUGAAUCUGACUUCGAAGGGUACACCAAGGAAAAGGCCUGAUUGAAUGAUUAAAAAGAAAAAUGAAAAUGAAAAAAAUGAAAAAAAUAAACAAUUACAAGGGGUUGUUUGAAAAUAAGGGGACAGGGGGCAAUUGUCAUUCACUUAACAACAUCAAGAAUCGAAAAGAAAAACUCAGGACGUCUCUGGUCUCAAAACCCAAGAAUUAUUGGGCGAAGCGAAAAUCCAUCACCUCAGCUCAGUUGGGAGGAGGAUAGGCGCAGGGAAUGUAGCCUUUAAGAAAGCUCUGCUCUGAUAGAAACCUUUUAGUUGCGUUCAUGGCGGCUGGUGCCGUCAUUGAGGCCAAGUCCAAAGGGAUCAUUCUUUGCAAUCUGCUUCAUACGGCGCUGACGCCAAUCCAUACCGUUCUGGUUGUGCCCAAUUGGCUUGAGAGAGGGGUUGGGACUGCCAUAGCGGACGAUGUCACCGAAAUGGGCGGCGCGAGUACCGGUGGUGUUUUCAUUAGGACCAGGUGUUGCAGUGCCACGAACAGGCUCCAUUGCCCAUGCGGAAUUGGCAGAGCGGAAGGCUUGCCUGCGAGGCGGAGAGCGGACAGGGGUUGAGAAGGAGGAAACGCGUCCGGCAUGGCUGUAGGUGGUCGAAGCCGGCGUGUUGCGGAUCGCGCCUUCAGCUGGGAACGGGCUGUUGAAAGCAGAGGGAUUCAACUUGUGGGUCGCAAGUGGUUCAGGAGUCAUUGGUCGCUGCGGCCCAGUCACAGCCAUGGAGUUAAAUGGAGGAAGGAGGCGGGAGGCCAUGUCAUUGUUGGUGCGGUUAGUCACAGCCCAGAUGGAGUGAGUUCCAGAGCCAUUGUUCUGGCUGUGCGGAUGCUGGUUUGCUGCAGUGUUUGCAGGGUUGACAAAAGCCAUAGUGUUCACCCCAGUGGGAACCGCAGGGCUGGGUGCACAGAAGCCAACAGGCUCAUGAAUAGUAGAUCGCUGAAUGACAUCCAUCACAUUGUUACAGCCUACAGUCUGGACAGGAGUUCCUGCCAACAUGCCUUGAGAACUCUGUGAAACAAGGCCGAAAUCUCCCCAAACUGCUUUGUCACCAGCCAUGGACAAUCCCCUAUUGAUUUCUUCCGGUAGAGAAGAGCGGAUAGCAGGAUGCAUCAUGUGCACUCCCAUCUCACGGGCAAAUCGGGCCUCAUUUGGACCAAAAGUCGCGCCAGCAACUGGAGCGUAGCUAAGUGCACCGUUUGCAACUUCUCCUUCAGUGACCCCUACGUUGAAUCUUGGGGGAGGCAACGCGAAUCUAGGGACUGGGACUGGUGCCAUUGGGCCCGUCUGCCUCCAGCUACGUCCAGCGAUCGUGCGUGAGUCGUUUCCAUCAGACCCAACGAUGCUUUUGACCUUAUACUUCUCACGAUACCAGCGGGGGAUAUCACGAAGCCCAAGGCGUCCCAAGGUUUCAGCAUCUCUAGGCAUAUCGUGCUUGUAAAGACAUCCUGUGACUACUUAAUACGACUGAAAUGGUUAAGAAAUAAGGAAAAAAGAUCAACAUACCCUGCUGCGCAUAGUCACACUCCCCGCGACGGAUCCAGUAAGAGCAAUACUCCUUUUUGGGAGUGGUUUUUGAGUUUUUCACAUUCUGAGACCCGGCCCCUAUGUUUCGGGAUGGGGUGUCAUCCUAUUUGUUUAUUACCCCCUUAUUAGCUUAAAAGAAGGACAUGAGACGACAGUGGAGUGUUGAAUCUACUCACCAACUUCACGAGCUCCUGGCCAGUGUUGGCAACAGUGUUGUCGUUUACUCCGUUUCUCCACGCCAUAAUGGUGCGUUCCUCAGAACUGGGGUUCCAAAUCACAGCAUCAACACCCCCAGCUUGACGAAAGAUUCCAUCCCCACCAAUCGUAAUAGCAGACUGGGGUGCCAUAGCCGUUUCCGCAUUGGACUCUCCAUUGGCCAUUUCAGCAUUAAUGGCAUGAGUAUUGCCAUUGACAGCGACGUCGAUGGUAUAGAACUGACCACGAGCGUUCACAGUCCCCAGAUUCUCCAUCCCAUUCGCAUGGUCGAUUUGACCUAGACAGCGAGGAACACCACGAAUGGUUACAAAGGGAGGCAAUUCGUCGACUGCAAUAAGUGCAGUGACAGCUCCGCUUGGGCGGGUGAUACAAAACUCAGGUUGCAUUGUCAAUUGCUGUUUGUCCUCCUGAAGUUUUGAGAUAGGUAAUGAAAACAGGUUCAAGGUUAUGAUCAGUUUCACGCACAAAGCAAUAAUAAACACAGUAGUUGAAUGAAGAAGCCAAACAAGAGCACCAAACAGUAAAUAACAGUUGGAGGAGACGAAAAGCAAGUAAAGGAGGAAGUGUGCGAAAAGUUAAGCGAAGCAGUUGAGAACAGAAAGCUCGAGCAAAGAGAAGAGGAGGAAGAUGAGAAGGAAGAAGAAGACGAAGAAACUGAAAGAGACUGAGAUCUUAAGAUGAGGGGUUUGAACAAUAUUCACACGGUGUAGAGGUGAAUAAUGUUUUGAUAUAUUCAAUUUGUUUAAACAAAACAAAGCAACUGAAGGUUGUUGGGCCGGAGAAGAAUGCCGUUGUGAUGGUGACCACUGUAGCGAGGAGAAAAGCGUAGAAUUCAACAACACUGAGAAUAACACAGAAAAUCAGAUGAAAAAGAUAAGAGAAAGCAAUGUAGACUGUGACUCUAAAUUAUAAUAUAGAAGU